ACUGUCGUGCCGAACUGCAAUCUGCUGCUCUGCCGUGCUCUCUCUGCUGCUGAUGUUGACAGACAUUUGAUCUGUCAAACGUCAAACGAGGUGUUUUUAAUUUAACAGUCACUGUUUCAAGCCGCAGCUCAUCUAAAAUGGCAUCCAAUACAAAAUUGAAUUGCCUUAUUAUUUUAAGCAAAGAGGGUGUUUCUGCCCAGUCCUUUAUCCAAUGUUUUACUAUGACUCACACAGCUUUUAACGUUCAACUUGCCACACCUGGCGGUAAACAACCAGAAUUUUUAAGUACAGAUGACCAAAGCCGCCGCUGGCUUAGUGACUUUAAUACCAAACCGUUUUCCGUUCCUCUGUGCCUUGAGGUCAUAGAUGCUCAGAGAUAUUCUUGUCUUAUUGUGCCUCAUAGCCCUGGUGCUGUUCAUGAUCUCGCAAACAACACAACACUUGGUGAAAUUUUGGCUCAGUUUGUUAGAGAUCGAAAACUUGUUUGUGCUGUUGGGCUGGGAGUGGCUGCCCUAUUAUCAUGUGUGGAAAUGCCCCGUGAUUCACAAAGCCAGAGCAUCACAGAUAUUCAAUCUGAGAAACUCAAGAAUUCUUCUUGGAUUUUUAAAUCAUAUUCUAUGACUGGGUCUACGGUUUGUGAACUUGCUUGUGCAGCAAACUUUGGCUCAUUGCCAGUCAUAGUUGAGGAUGAAGUGAGAGAUAGAGGGGGAUCAUUUAGUGCUAGUGGAGAAAGUGGAGCAGUUCAUGUUGUUGUUGACCGUCACCUUGUCACUGGGCAGAACGAAGCAUCAACGAUUACAGCUGUUCAAAACCUAGUUUUGCUUGCCAACCAGCGGCAGGGUAAAUCAGUUGGAAAAUAAAUGGGUAUGGCUCUUAGAUAUUUUAAUAUGAUGCUCAUCAUUGAGCUCACCAUUUUUAUACAUAGUUAAAAAAACUGCAUGUAGUUUACAUUUUUAUAUAACAAAAAAGUUAAUAAUGUGAUCUGAAAUUAUUCAGCAAAAUAAUAAAAAUAAGAAACAAA